UGACGGCUGUAAUAGUGCAAUUACUGUCUGAGAGCCGUAUCGAUGCUGGUAAUUCAAUCACGCUGCGCUUAGUGACUAUAAAUCACGUUAAGAAAUGGUUAUUUUUAAUAACAAUGAUAGCUUUUGCUUAUCAAGAACCAAUAGAGAGCUUACACCAUGUCUUAGUGUAUCCUGUAGAACCUGGCACGAAAAAAGUAAAACGUGAAGCUACAACUGGUAAAACUAAGCAAAGCGAAUUCAAUAAGUUCGUAGAAGACAAAUUAGUUCAGCACACUCAGGCACUGGAGCACCUAGUGAAAUUGGCCCAGUCGAACGAAGACACGACUAAACAGCUGGUUACCGCUAUAAGUAAUAAUUUUGAGAAGCCAAAGCUCCCUGAAAAACUAGAGGUACAACGUAACCCCAGACGCAUUAACGCAAAAAGUGAUCCUCCACUUGUUAAAUUCGGGGAAAACAUUCCUAAAUAUGGAAAUCUCUUCAAGGAUUUAAUAUUAACAGAAUUGCGUACUCAUGAAGACCCCAUAACUGUCGCUGAACAUGAUAUGUCUAGUUCUAAAUCUGAGUCUCGUCGAUCUUUCGGUGGUGGACCAAUGGUAGUGCGAUCUAGUGAUCAAAUAAGUCCUUGGUGUUCAGUAGCAAUAUUGUGUCGUAGAACCAUGGAUCCAGUUUGUGGAUACGAUGAUAACUUUGGUUACGGAAGAUUCGACGACAUCUGCCAUAUGUUACAAGUUAACUGUUAUUGGAAGUACAAUUUUGCUCUGGUGCCUUCUUGUAGACCAGUUUUGUAAGCUUGAUCGAUUCCUUAUAGGAUAAGGAGUUUUGAUUUUUACUUCAUACAUGUAUAUUAUUUUAAUUUUUAUAAUAUUUAAGAAUAUGUAUGCUUAUGGGAA